AUGACUAUUUAUAGAUUACAAUUAUACUAUCUUCCUAAUUAAUUAUCACCUCGCUGUAAGCUAACAACAGGCAGUAAUGCCUCCAAAUACUCAACAAAAAAGUAUCUUCGCCCUUCCGAGACUGAUCUCAAAGCUUCCUCCUCAGAAUCGGGAAGCUAAUCAUCUAGUUGA